UGACUGUCUCUCUCCUUCUACGCUUCUCGUGCGGCUCUAAUUACACAACACUCCAUUUAUCGUCUAAGUAACCAGAUUAAUCAGCCAUUGACGUUCUCUCUUUUACUUCCUCUAUCUAAGGAGGAGGAGGAGGAGGAAUGGCAGGCAACGAUUGGAUAAAUAGCUACUUGGAGGCCAUACUGGACGUGGGUCCGGGACUGGAUGAUGCGAGAUCGUCGCUGCUGCUCCGGGAGAGAGGGAGGUUCACUCCCAGUCGCUAUUUUGUUGAAGAGGUCAUCACUGGCUUCGAUGAGACGGAUCUUCAUCGAUCAUGGGUUCGGGCUGUGGCGACGAGGAGUCCUCAGGAGAGGAAUACGAGAUUGGAGAACAUGUGUUGGAGGAUUUGGAAUUUGGCUCGUCAGAAGAAGCAGCUUGAGGGAGAGGAAGCCCAGAGGAAUGCUAAGCGUCGGAUUGAACGUGAAAGAGGCCGCCGGGAAGCAACUGCUGAUAUGUCUGAAGACUUAUCAGAGGGAGAGAAAGGAGAUGCAGUCACUGACAUGUCAGCUCAUGGUGAGAGCACCAGAGCAAGACUGCCCAGAAUACAUUCUGUUGAUGUGAUGGAGACAUUGAAGGGAAAAAAGCUAUACAUAGUAUUAGUAAGCCUUCAUGGUCUGAUACGUAGUGAAAAUAUGGAGCUUGGUCGUGAUUCUGAUACUGGCGGUCAGGUUAAGUAUGUCGUGGAACUUGCCAGGGCUUUGGGCUCGAUGCCAGGCGUUUAUCGAGUUGAUUUGCUGACUAGACAGGUGUCAUCACCAGAUGUGGACUGGAGUUAUGGGGAACCUACAGAGAUGCUGACACCAAGAAACUCGGAUGAUUUUAUGGAUGAGAUAGGUGAAAGCAGUGGUGCUUAUAUUGUCCGGAUACCGUUUGGUCCAAGAGAUAAGUAUAUCCCAAAAGAGCUCCUGUGGCCUCACAUUCCUGAAUUUGUUGAUGGUGCUCUCAAUCACAUUAUACAGAUGUCCAAUGUUCUUGGCGAGCAAAUUGGUGGUGGAAAACCUGUUUGGCCUGCUGCAAUUCAUGGCCACUAUGCUGAUGCAGGUGACGCUGUCGCUCUCUUAUCUGGUGCAUUAAAUGUACCGAUGCUUUUCACUGGGCAUUCACUUGGAAGGGAUAAGUUGGAACAACUUUUGAAACAAGGCCGGCUAUCAAGGGAUGAAAUAAACACAACAUACAAGAUUAUGCGCAGGAUCGAGGCUGAGGAAUUAUCUCUUGAUUCCUCUGAAAUUGUCAUAACUAGCACUAGACAGGAGAUAGAUGAGCAGUGGCGUCUGUAUGAUGGUUUCGAUCCAAUUUUGGAGCGUAAAUUACGGGCAAGGAUCAAGCGUAAUGUUAGCUGUUAUGGCAGGUUUAUGCCUCGUAUGGUGAUAAUUCCUCCUGGAAUGGAGUUCCAUCAUAUUGUUCCACAAGAGGGUGACAUGGAUGGUGAACUAGAAGGAAAUGAAGACCAUCCUGCUUCCCCAGAUCCACCUAUAUGGUCCGAGAUAAUGCGUUUCUUUACCAAUCCUCGUAAACCUAUGAUACUUGCCCUUGCAAGGCCAGAUCCAAAAAAGAACAUCACAACUUUGGUCAAAGCAUUUGGAGAAUGCCGUCCACUAAGAGAGCUUGCUAACCUUACACUAAUUAUGGGUAAUCGAGAUGGAAUUGAUGAAAUGUCAAGCACCAGUGCCUCUGUUCUUCUCUCAGCACUGAAGCUUAUUGACAAAUAUGAUCUGUACGGGCAAGUGGCAUAUCCUAAACACCAUAAACAGGCUGAUGUUCCUGACAUUUAUCGUCUAGCAGCAAAAACAAAGGGUGUGUUCAUUAAUCCAGCUUUCAUUGAACCCUUUGGGCUUACGUUAAUUGAGGCAGCGGCACAUGGGUUGCCAAUUGUUGCUACAAAAAAUGGAGGUCCAGUUGAUAUACAUCGAGUCCUUGACAACGGUGUUCUUGUUGAUCCUCAUGAUCAGCAGUCCAUUGCUGAUGCUCUUCUAAAACUUGUUGCUGAUAAGCAGCUUUGGGCAAGAUGUCGGCAAAAUGGAUUGAAGAACAUUCACCUGUUUUCUUGGCCAGAGCAUUGCAAAACAUACCUAUCUCGAAUAGCAGGCUGUAAGCCAAGGCAUCCACAGUGGCAAAGAAGUGAUGAUGGAAAUGAAAGUUCAGAAUCUGAGUCGCCUAGUGAUUCCUUGAGGGACAUACAGGAUAUAUCUUUGAAUUUGAAGUUUUCACUAGAUGGAGAGAAGAGCGGGGCUAGUGGAAAUGAGUACCCUAUAGAAAUUGAAGGAAACUCUGCUGAUAGAAAGAGCAAAAUUGAGAAUGCUGUUUUAUCAUGGUCAAGAGGCAUCAAGGAUACAAAAAAAACAGGGUCCACAGAGAAGGCAGAUUCGAAUACCAGCUCAGGAAAAUUUCCUGCAUUGAGGAGGAGGAAACAUGUUUUUGUUCUUGCUAUUGAUUGUGUUAUGGAUUCGGGUCUUCUUGAAUCCACUAGAAAGAUUUUUGAGGCAGUGGGAAAGGAAAAGACUGAUGGUUCUAUAGGAUUUGUUUUGUCGACAUCCCUAACGAUAUCAGAGAUACACUCUUUUCUGCGCCUAGGAGGCUUGAGCCCUAAUGACUUUGAUGCUUUCAUCUGCAAUAGUGGUAGUGAUCUGUAUUAUCCAAAUCUGAAUUCUGAGGAUGGUCCUUUUGUUGUUGACUUCUAUUACCAUUCACACAUUGAAUAUCGAUGGGGUGGAGAAGGAUUGAGAAAGACUUUGGUUCGUUGGGCUGCUAAUGUCACUGGUAAAAAGUCAGAGAGCAAGGAGCAGAUUGUGACUGCAGCCGAACAACUUUCAACUGAUUAUUGUUACACUUUUAGAGCACAAAAGCCCACAAUUGUCCCCCCUGUUAAGGAGCUCCGGAAGUUGCUGAGAAUUCAGGCUCUUCGUUGUCAUGCUAUCUAUUGUCAGAAUGGUACCAGGAUAAACAUAAUUCCUGUACUAGCAUCUCGUGCCCAAGCUCUAAGGUACCUCUAUGUUAGGUGGGGUGUGGACUUGUCGAAGAUGGUGGUUUUUGUUGGAGAAUGUGGUGACACAGAUUAUGAAGGAUUGCUUGGAGGGCUGCAUAAAGGUGUUGUACUGAAGGGAGUUUGUACCAGCGCGAGCAGUCUAUUACAUUCUAACCGGAACUACCCUCUCUCGGAUGUUAUCCCAGUCGACAGCCCCAACGUUGUUCAUGCACCCGAGGACUGCACGAGUUCUGACAUCCGUAGUUCUUUGGAAAAACUGGGGAUUUUGAGGGUGUAGGAAAUCAAAAUCCUAUUCUAUUAUAACACUCGGGUUUGAUGAAUCUCAUUCGCUCAUCUCAAUAUUUUCCAUUGCUCAUCCCUUUUCCCUGCCUUUCCUGCCACAAACAUGCAAGCAUUCUCCUCAUUUCUCCGAGGAUCCUUUUUUCGGUUUUCCUCGAAACCCUAAUGGCACCUUUUGCCUAAACUUGUGUUUCUCCAUUUUAUUUACGUUCCUUGGUUAUUUUCUGUCAAUAGGAUGCUGGUGGUCCUUUUGGCAUAGUAGAAGACUGGCAGCCAUUGGAAGCUAGUAACAUAUGGGAAUCUCUUGUACAAAACUUCUCUUUUGGGUUUGUUGAAUAUGAUGAUGCCAAUUUUAUCUCUCUCUCUCUCUCUCUCUGAUGGAGAAAAAGCAUAGGGAAACAGCAAUCAGCUUCUGAAGAACACUACUGCAAAAGCUCUUUUAGAAGCUUCAUUACCUUUCAAGGCUUCUGGUGCCGCCUACUUCAGUUGUUGCAAUUUGGACUCAAGUUAAAUAUGCAUAUGUAUACAUCUAAUAUAUAUAUAUAUAUAUCUCUCCAAUAAUAAAUGCCCUGUUAUUUUUUAACA